AUGGCCAAAGAUAAAAAGAAGAACGCUGACGCCAAAAAGGCAAAAAAGGCUGAGAAAGCAGCCAAGCAGGCCAAUAAGGGUGAAAAGAAGGCCAAGAAUAAGGCCGCCAAGGUCGAAGGAAGUGAUGCCGAAGAUGUUGAUCUUGAUGAGGUGCUGGAAGAGUACCGAAGACAACAGGAGCAGUUCCUCAAGAUCACUGAGACAGUAAUUGAUGCACCUCCGAGAGCGAGAGCUGCCUCAACGUUGAUGGCUUCACCUCAUGAUAGCAAUACUUUACUACUCUUUGGCGGUGAAUACUUCAAUGGCUCUCUCGCUCAGUUCUUCAACGAUCUCAAUAUCUACAACAUUAACAGAGAUGAGUGGCGAUGUGUAACUUCACCCAACGCUCCACUCCCACGAUCUGGUCAUGCUUGGACCAGAGCUGGAAACCCGAACCACGUCUAUCUCUUUGGCGGGGAGUUCUCCUCGCCAAAGCAGGGCACAUUUCACCACUACUCGGACUUCUGGAGGCUGGAGCCUGCAACGAGGGAGUGGACCAAGAUUGAGAGCAAGGGUAAGGACAAGAGCCCUUCAGCUCGAAGUGGUCAUCGGAUGACGUACUGGAAGCAGUACAUUAUCCUCUUUGGUGGUUUCCAAGACACUUCAAAUCAGACAAAGUACCUAUCAGAUCUUUGGAUCUUUGAUACUGUUAACUUUAUGUGGCAUUCUCCUCAGCUGCCUCCUGCCCAGCUCAAGCCAGACGCUCGCUCAUCUUUCACUCUGCUACCCCAUGAACAAGGUGCGGUUCUCUACGGAGGUUACUCACGUGUUAAGGCGACUGUCAACGUCAAGCAAAAGGGCAACAAGGGACCUAGCCAGGCUCAGCGAAAUGUUCUUAUUCCCAAGGUUCAUGAAGACUGCUUCUUCCUCAGAAUCUUGCAACCUGCCACAGACGCCAAUCCCAACACUCCCCCGGUCGUUCGCUGGGAAAAGCGAAAGAAGCCUGCCAAUGCCCCCAACCCUACACGUGCUGGUGCGACAAUGGCCUGGCACAAGGGCCGCGGUAUUCUCUUUGGGGGAGUGCACGACGUUGAGGCUAGUGAGGAGGGUAUGGAUAGUGAGUUCUUCAACCAGCUUUUCGCUUGGAACAUUGAACGAAAUCGAUUCAUGCCGUUGGGCCUACGAAAGCCUCGUCAACAGAAGAAGAAUGCUGCUGAGCCCCGAGGCGGGCGUCGUGGUCGGGCUCAAGCAAAUGAAGACGAGCUUCUGAGGCAGCUUGCUGCUUUGGAGACUGGAGCUUCUCUGGAUGACGCUGAUGAGAUCGAGCUCGCCAAGAAGGAAGAGGAAAGAGACGACGACAAGCCAGCAAGAGAAAUGCCAGUAACCAUGGAAUCCCCACAUGUAAGAUUUAAUGCUCAACUGGCCAUUCAAGACGAUGUUCUCUAUAUCUAUGGCGGAACAUUUGAGAAGGGAGACCGGGAGUUCACAUUUGAUGAUCUCUAUGCCAUCGAUCUUGGAAAACUAGAUGGUUGUAAGGAGAUCUUUAGUCGACCCGUCGAAGACUGGAUCGAGUCUGAUGACGAGGACGAUGACGAUGACGAGGAUGACGAGGAUGAAGAAGACGAGGACGAGGAAGAAACGGGUCAGCAACUCUACACACCCAGUAAGAGAAAGAAGAAGCAAGAUGAGGUUUCUGAGGCUUCUGAGGCUUCGUCAGAUCCUUCAUCGGAGCCUUCAACGCCCUCAGAAGACGAUGAGACUGAGACUGCAGCCACUUCUGUGGACGACGGGCUACCGCAUCCUAGACCUUUCGAGAGUCGGCGAGAGUUCUUCGUCCGUACAUCAGCUGAGUGGCAAGAGAUUCUGAUGACGAGCCUCCGUUGGAAGAACAUCCAGCCCGAGACACUAGCUAUCAAGGAGAUCAAAGCUAAGGCCUUUGAGCUUAGUGAGGAGAAGUGGUGGGAUUGCCGUGAGGAAAUUCUGGCUCUGGAGGAGGAACAGGAGGCUGCUGGUAUUCAGGAGGUAGUAAGCUUAGCGGAGAGAGGAGAUGCUGUGUCUGGUGGUGGCGCGAGAAGGAGGUAG